ACGGCUGCGGCCUUGGCAAGGCCCACACUAGCGUGAUCGCUGGGGCACAGAGGACUGGCUUGGACUCCCUCCUCCGUGGAGCAGGCGUCUCUCCGUGCUGUGGCUGCCCCUCCACCCUCUGGCUGUGGAGCUGACAGGAACGGGAGAGCAGAGGCUGUGGAGGAGCACGUGUAUCCAGAGAGGACCUGAGCUUUCACCGGCUCUGACCUCAGCAGGGACGUCCCGCCAGAAGGAGCGCAGUUUCUCGAGUGGAAAAACACAGGUUGGAAAAUUUUGUAUUUUUUUUUUUUCCCUCACUGCCAUAUCCUACGUGCUUUUUCAUCUGUAUUUUGAGAGAACCUGGCUGCUAGGUGACUGUGGCUCUGGAAGCACCACAGGUGUGACGCACGCCUCGGAAGAAAGACCUGACUGUCCUCUGGUCCACGGCCCUGGUGGAGCCGCCAAUUUCUGCAGUAGCUGCUUUUAUCCAUCCAUCCAAAUUCUCAUUCACCUAAAAUGGGCUCCAGAUUGUGUAAAAGCUUCUUUUGCAUCUAAACAAACUUGUGCGUAAAACCUGAAGGUCACCACCUUCUAGUGGGCGGCUGCGUGUGUCCUCUCUCCGUGUGCCCCAGUGUCUCCUCCUGAGCCUGGGAUCACAGCAGAGCGGACAGAUUAACAGCGUGUCGGGGGGAAGGGCGGGGAGGCCAGAUAAAGGGCAACGAGACUAAACACCGUCUCUAUCUCUGCGCCCGUCAGCUGUGAUUGCCGCAAACAGUCCUUGAAUUGCAGGGGAAGACGCGCACACACACACAAACACACACCCGCACAUGGACUUGCACUGAGAGUGGCUGAGGAGCACACUGGGAAUGGAAAGGCUCACCAGCGAACAUAGAGGACUUCGCUGUUGUUCGCCGGCGAGGAGGGAUGUAAUGAUGGGACAGGGGGGCUUGGAUGCUGCUGAAGGUCUGGGUGGGGUCUCCAUGCUUGCUUGCCCUAAACUCCAUCGCUGGAUGCUCCCAGUCCUGCUGCUACUACUCCUGCUGCCACCUCGCCUGGAGGGGGCGCUACACUCCAGCUUCCUGCAGCGGCGCCUCAGCGUGCGCGAGCGAAAGGAGAUGCAGCGGGAGAUCCUGUCCAUCUUGGGGCUGCCAGGCCGACCGCGCCCCCAUCCGCCACUGCGCCCGCCCUCAUCGGCGCCUCUCUUCAUGCUGGACCUGUACCAUGCCGUGUCUGGUGAGGGAGAUGAAAACGACGUCCCAGUGCCGAGAUUCAGGCCCGAGCGUGUCAGCUACGGCACGCUACCCACACUCAGCACGCAUGUGCCGCCUCUCGGCAUCGUGGUCAGCGAGGCCGACACAGUCAUGAGCUUCGUCAACGUGGUGGAGCAAGAGCGCGACCUGCUGCAGCCACGUCCCUACUGGAAGGAAUUCCGUUUCGACCUGACACCCCUGCCGCAGGGCGAGACCGUGACGGCCGCAGAGUUCCGCAUCUACAAGACGCUGAGCCUGGGACACCGGAGCAACCGCACCCUGCACAUCUCUGUCUAUGAGAUCCUUCGUGAGAACAAGCACAGAGAGCCCGAGUUAGUGCUGCUGGACCUGCAGUCGGUGCCGGCUGGCCAGGAGGGCUGGUUGGCUUUUGACGUCACCUCUGCCAGCAACCGUUGGCUGCUGCACCCACGCAGCAACCUAGGCCUGCGGUUGUACGUGGAGACAGAGGAGGAUCGCUCGCUCUCAGCAGCGUGGGUGGGGCUGGUGGGUCGCCGUGGUCCACGCUCUAAGCAGCCCUUCAUGGUGACGUUCUUCCGGGCCAGCCAGGCCCCAUGCCGCCCCCCCCGGGCACUCCGGCACAACAGCAACAACAACCAGCGUAAGAGGAAGCCCAAGUACGACCUACCACAUCCCAACCGUCCCGGCAUUUUCGAUAACAGCCAGCUGACCAGCGGCCGUCAAGCCUGCCAGCGGCACGAACUCUAUGUCAGCUUUAGCGACUUGGGCUGGAAGGACUGGGUCAUAGCACCUCGGGGAUAUUCUGCCUUCUACUGUGACGGGGAAUGUCUGUACCCACUGGGCUCCUGCAUGAACGCCACCAACCACGCCAUGAUCCAGCUGGUGGUCCACCUGCUGAAGCCAGACGAGGUGCCCAAAGCCUGUUGUGCCCCCACCAAGCUCAGCCCCAUCUCCGUCCUCUUCUAUGACGACAGCAACAACGUCAUCCUCAAGAAGCACCGCAAUAUGGUGGUCAAGACAUGCGGCUGCCUGUAGCGCUGCUCGUCCAAUCACAAGGCGGAUGAAGCUCUUGUGCCCGUCCCCCCCAAGGGCUCACAGCCACGGCAUUGGCUGUAUUGGCCCCGUAUUUCCCCACGAGUACUAAAGCGUUAACACAAGGAUAUUUUAAAGCAAACAGCACCUUACUCAUACUGGCAGAGAGCUGAGAGAUUCAUAAACAGGAGGUACGUGUACAAUUCAGCUGCGGCUUGUAGGCAACAGCAGUACCGAACUACAAACGCAACAAGCAAGCAGUGAAUGAAAGAAGGGGCCUGUUACGGUUGAAGGAUAUGCCAUGCAUGUGUAACCUCUGGCAGUUCAUCCUUUUGAUUAAGCAGGCUUGCAUGAGGGACAGAACAAAUUACACCCUACGCUUUUCCGAAUUUUUUUUUGCCGUUAUAGCCUAACUGGAAAAUUACAGGGAUAUUAAAAAUGCAGUAUUCUUGAAAGCCCUUAUUAGUGCAGCGGUGAUAUUUUCAAAAUGCAGGUGUGGUUCAGAACUACAUGUCCCUGGAAGUAGCCAUGAGAGUUCACUGUGAAGGUUUAAGGGAAAUGGCACUUAAGAAUAGUUUGCUAAGCUGAUGUCACUAUACCAGAACAAAAUGUUAAUCUAUAUAAACUUAUGUAUAAUAAUUAAAAAAAAUCUAAAUACCGAAUAUACACACAUUAA